AUGUGGCUCUUCAUCCCCAUUUGUUUCAUGUACCUGGCUACCAUGAUGAGCAACAGCACCAUUCUCUUUAUCACAAAGACAGAGCCUUCACUUCACAAGCCCAUGUAUUAUUUCCUUGUCACGUUGGCCAUCUCUGACCUGGGCCUCUCCUUUUCCUCCUUUCCUUUCAUGCUGAGAAUCUUGUUUAAUGUCAUAGGAAUUUCACCAAAUGCCUGCUUUGCCCAAGAAUUCUUUUUUAAAAAAUAUUUUAUCAUGGAAUCCUCAGUGCUUCUAAUCAUGUCCUUGGAUUGCUUUCUUGCCAUUCACAAUACACUGAGAUAUAGUUCCUUCCUCACUAGCAAAAGAGUUGCUAAAAUGGGACUGAUUUUAGCCAUCAGAAGCAUUUUCUUAGUGCUUCCAUUCCCCUUCACUCUAAGGAGACUAAAAUAUUGUCAGAAAAAUCUCCUGUCUCACUCAUUCUGCCUGCAUCAGGAUAUCAUUAAGCUGGCCUGCUUUGACAACAAGAGCAAUGUUAUCUAUGGCUUCUUUGUUGCUCUCUGUACUAUGCAGGACUUGGCAUUAAUUGUUGUGUCUUACACACUGAUCUUAACUGUGCUCAGCAUUGCAUCUCUGGCAAGGAGGCUCAAGGCCCUGAAUACCUGUGUCUCCCACAUCUGUGCUGUGUUUGUUUUCUAUGUACCCAUCAUCACCCUGUCUGCCAUGCAACGCUUUGCAGAGCACAAAGGUCUCCUCAUUGUAGUUCUUAUUGCAGAUGUAUUUUGUUGUUGCCACCCCUGA